GUAAGUUACUUAAUAAUCGAUGAAGCUCAACUGUCACUUUGACAAAUGAAAACAAUAACCUUCAAAUGCAUUUUGUAUUGAUUACUUCAUUAUUCUGUUACCUUUGUAAAAAUUAAUUAUACUCCGUUGAAUAUUGUGCGCGAUAAAAGUUCUGAAAUGGAUGCAGUGAUAACAAGACAUAGAGACCAUCUUUGUGAAGAUAACGUUGAGGAAGAAGGAACUGCUGAAGUGACGUCGUUUCAAACAUCAAAUGACAAUGAUUUAAGGUCUCCUUUGUUGAGCGAAGAAAGAAUGCGUCGCAGAUUGAAAUUUUACUUUAUGAAUCCGAUCGAGAAGUGGCAUGCAAAAAGACGUUUUCCUUACAAAUUCGCAGUUCAAGUUAUUAAGAUAAUAUUAGUAACAAUACAGAUUUGGUUGUUUGCUUAUAGCCGUUACAACCAUGUUAAUUACACUUGGGACAACCGUAUUACUUUCUCUCAUCUUUUUCUUAAAGGAUGGGAUUCAACCAGAGAAAUAAAUGUCUAUCCCCCAGCAGCAGGUCCUUUGGCUGUCUAUAAGAAACAUGAAUUUUUUGAGGUCAUAGACUAUGCUCUUGAAGGUUACAUCAACUUAAAUGAAAGUAUUGGACCAUAUUCAUAUCCCAAUGAAGAUAACUCUUUGGCUGAGAUGAAACUGUGUCUGUAUCAUUUCAAAACAGGCAUUAUCUACGGUUUUAAUGAGUCAUACAUUUUUGAUUCGCAAGUUGAAGAAUCUUGCUACAAUAUUUCUCACGAUUCUUCAAAAGGUGCUUUUAAAUCUGAGAAAUACUUUGAAAAGGCAAAUAUUACGUUUUCGGCGCUUGUAAGAGCCGAGUUACUUUUUAGUGUAAAAACAGUUAAUUUUAAAGCAGCUGGGCCCAUAACACCCCCUGAUUGUUAUCAGUUUGAUAUAACAAUAGAAUUUGAUAAUGAAGAUCAUGAUGGCCAGAUGGUUUUAUCUUUGGAUGCUGAACCUAUCCGUUUGCAAUCAGAGCGAUUUGGAGAGCUCAGAAACUUAAAGUAACCACAAAUGAAUUCUUUAAGAUAAAUUUCGGAAGAGAGUUGAAUUCAAAUGACAAAC